CACUGGCUUGUCCGCCGGCCCGAGGCUCCGCGUGCAGCAUGGGCAGGUGCUGCUACUACACGGUGGGGACGCUGGCCCUGCUGCUGCUGGUGACCAGCGUCACGCUCCUGGUGGCCCGAGUGUUCCAGAAGGCGGUGGACCAGACGAUCCAGAAGGACAUUGUGUUAAGGAAUGGUUCAGAGACUUUUGCCUCCUGGAAGAAGCCCCCUAUCCCUGUGUAUUCUCAGUUCUAUUUCUUCAAUGUUACCAAUCCAGAGGAGAUCCUCAAAGGUGAGAAACCUCGCUUAGAAGAAGUGGGACCAUACACAUACAGGGAAGUCAGAGACAAAGGUGAUAUUGAAUUUGGAGAUAACGGAACAACAGUAACUGCUGUGAGCAACAAAGCCUAUAUUUUUGAAAGAAACCAAUCUGUUGGAGAUCCUAAAAUUGACUUAAUUAGAACAUUAAAUAUUCCUGCUGUGACAGCCAUGGAAUGGACCCAGAUCCACCUCCUCCGUGGGAUAAUCGAGGCACUGCUGAAGACCUACCAGCAGAAGUUGUUUGUGACACACACAGUCCAUGAACUGCUCUGGGGCUAUAAGGAUGAGAUCUUGUCCCUUAUCAACAUCUUCAGACCUGACAUCCCUGCCUAUUUUGGUCUCUUCUAUGGAAAAAAUGGGACAAAUGAUGGAGACUAUGUGUUUCUCACCGGAGAAGACAGUUAUCUUAACUUUACAAAGAUCGUGCAAUGGAAUGGGAAACCGUCACUCGAGUGGUGGACAACAGACAGAUGCAAUAUGAUCAAUGGAACAGAUGGGGAUUCAUUUCACCCUUUAAUAACCAAAGAUGAACUCCUGUAUGUCUUCCCAUCUGACUUUUGCAGGUCAGUAUAUAUAGUUUUCAGUGACUAUGAGAGUGUGCAGGGACUGCCUGCCUAUAGAUUUAAGGUGCCUGAAGAAAUAUUAGCCAAUACCACUGACAAUGCUGGCUUCUGUAUCCCUGAGGGAAAUUGCCUGGGCUCCGGUGUUUUGAAUGUCAGCAUCUGCAAGAAUGGUGCACCUAUUAUUAUGUCUUUGCCACACUUUUACCAAGCAGAUGAGAAGUUUAUUUCUGCUAUAGAUGGCAUGCACCCCAAUAAGGAAGAUCAUGAGACAUUUGUGGACAUCAAUCCAUUGACUGGAAUUAUCCUCAGAGCAGCCAAGAGGUUCCAGAUCAACGUUUAUGUCAAAAAAUUAGACGACUUUGUUGAGACGGGCAACAUUCGAACCAUGGUUUUCCCAGUGAUGUAUCUUAAUGAGAGUGUUCUGAUUGAUGAAGAGAUUGCAAGCAGAUUGAAGUCUGUGAUCAACACCACUUUGAUUAUCACCAACAUACCCUACAUUGUCAUGGCACUGGGCGUGCUCUUGGGUUUAAUCUUCACCUGGCUUGCAUGCAAGGGACAGGGAUCUAUGGAUGAGGGGACAGCAGAUGAAAGAGCACCCCUCAUACGAACCUAACCAUGGCCUGAGUUGCUGAAGGAAUCUCACGAGCUAUCCUGUUCAUCAUGAUGCAAAGGAACCACCAGGUUCUCACAGGCUUGUUACCUGUUGUCAAGAGGAGGAAGAAGACAGUGCCUGCAAAGAUGAGAGCAUUCUGGCCAGAGGUUAAAGAACAGACUGAUGUGGUUGAACAAAAGGCCUUAUAAAAAACCAUGGCCCCUGACAAAUUUUGUUUCUCAUGUGUUUGGCAUCUAUUUAAUAAACUCUUGUAUAGUCA